AUGGCGUCGGGCUCCGAUGGCGGCGAGGAGGCGGCGGAGUCUCCGGAUUCCCCGGCCGGGAAAGGUCAGUCGGAGGCGCCGAGGGGAAACCCCCGCCGCCAGGGGGCGCUGCUGCUGCGCGGCGUGCAGUCGGCUGGCAGUGGAGGGCGUCGCGAUGACUUCCCCCUCUUCCCCAAAACCUCCGGGAUUCCGCCUCGGGCUGCCAUUGAGGUAGAGCAGAAGUUCCUUGGGCCUGACGCCGUGCAGAAGCUGGAGGCACUGGGGGUGAUACCGGAAGCCAGCGUCUCCUUCCGUGACCGGUACUACGACGUUCCCAAUUGGCGCCUUACGCUAGCAGAUCAUUGGCUCCGUCAGCGCGAAGGGGCUGGCUGGGAGCUGAAAUCCCCCCUGCGACCACUAGAGGGCGCCGCUGCUAGCCGGGGGCAGCAGAACCAUCCGGAACGGCCAGCCGGAGCCCGGAACCACGAGCCGCAGCACCCGCCUCAGCCACUAGAGGGCAGGACGCACCUGGCCACGCAAUACCAGGAAGUGACCUGCCCCCGAGACAUCGUGGCCCGCGUCUGUGGCCUGCUGGGCGUGGACCCGGCCACGGGUUGGCAGAGCGAUGUGGCCAGAGCUGUGGAGGAGCUGGGCCUGCAGGAGUUUGCCAGCUUCGUCACCCGGCGGUGCAAAUACCGCCUUGCCAGCCUCCGCCUGACGGUGGAUCUCGACGAGAUGGACUUUGGCUAUGCCGUGGGAGAGGUGGAGGCAAUGGUUUUGCGGGAGCAGGAAGUUCCAGAGGCUCUGGAAAGGAUACAGGAGCUGGGAAGUCAGCUGGGCCUGGAUAUGAAAUCCCCGAUUCCUGGCAAGAUGUCUGUCUACCUGUGUAAAUUCAGACCAGCGCACUACGAGGCCCUCAUGAGAGCUGGGUCGCUGAGGAAAGUGAGAGCUGCAACGGAUGAGGAGGGGAACUGACUGGGGCUGGAGGCUACGCUUCGGGCAAGAAAGAAAGUCCGCUACCUGAACCGAGAGGACAAUUCGGACCAUGUUCCUCCCACCCACCCCUCCUUUCUUCCCCCUCUGCCAAACCUUCCAACUCCUCCCAACAUCUGGAAUGGCUUUCGACACCCCGCGGCAGUCGGGAG